CUCCGGGACGCGUCCGCGGCCACAGUUCACGUCGUACUUACGCAACGAUCAAAUUUCAUACCAAUUUACCUCUAAAUACAAAAAUGUGGCUAAAAAAUUUCCUCAAUCGCCUAAUUCCAACAGUUAAGGCCGAAGACGAGGACCUCGUCGAUCCACUGGACACGCUAAGGGACAAGUGCAAGGCCACCUCGCACGUGAAGCACCUCGCCGAAAAGUUGGAGGAGUGUAAUAAUCGCGUGAACUCCAGAUCGCGUACGGCGGAGACGUGCAUCGAGGAAGUUAUAGAUUUCAUGCACGCGCUCGACCAUUGCGUCUCCAAAGAUUUAUUUGCGUAUUUAAAGUGAAUGAUUAAUUCAUUGUAGAUAUUAAUAAACGUUAGUUGCUUUCUGUUAG